GUCUCCCAUCAUUUUAUAAAAAUCAUGUUUGUUAUAUUUCCAUCAUUUUUAGUGAAUGAUUUGGAGAACGUACUAACAAAAGUCUCAGCAAAUGACUUUAAAAAAACAUAUGGCAGAAAAAAACCUGAUAAAAACUUCAAUAUAAUUUUCUCGUGCAAGUCUGGUAGGCGGGCUCAUUUAGCCCAAGAAAAGGCAAUUUCUUUAGGUUACAAAAGUGUCAGUCGUUAUUUGGGGAGUUGGUUAGACUGGGAAAAACACACUAAAUUAUCAGCUUAGGAUUACCAUUUUGUAUUUUGUGUGCCUUGUGUUUUUCAUUUUUUGUAUAUAUCGA